AUGACGGAUCAGGACCUUAACAACAAACUAGACCGGCUACUAGCACUAAUGGAAGCUCAGCUAGAGCUGUCCAGACAAAGCCAUCGGGAGGAACGACUACGACGAGCUCAUCUGACUGAGGAGGCAACGGACCUCUCUCACUCAGAAGACCAAGCAGGAGGAGGAGAUGAAUCCAUGAUAGGAGACCCCCAUACUCCUACUCCGGCGCCACGAUCAAGACCAUCAGUCUCAUUCAACUUGAAUGAGCAUGGUGAGACCAACUAUGAGAAGUAUGCUUCCCCCACCGGGCCGAAGUAUCUCAAGACCAGGGACCCCUACAGCAGGAGCCGAGUGGACCCUUAUGUUCAGGACCAGGAGGAGGAGGCAAGCAUCAUGGCAGAUCGUUCAAAGCCCAUUGCAACCCCGUUCCCAAAGUUCAAUCCCCGAGACAUCGAGAUCUACAUUCUAGAAGCCGAAGCUUGGUUUAGGUUCAAUCAAGUCUACGAGCACACCCGGAUGAUCAACCACCUGGGUUCUCAAUUGGAAGGCACUGCUCGAGAGUGGUGGACCUCAAAGCUACGCUUUGAUAGAGCUAGAGAAGGGAGGCUAUUCAAUGACUGGCAGUUCUUCACCAAACGACUAGCUGAACAGUUCAACCCCCGGAAUGCUAGGAUGGAGGCUUACAACAAGCUGCUAGCUCUCAGACUCACUAGUGAUGCACCAGGAGCUGCCACACGACACGUAGAGCAGUUCAGAGACUUGGAAGGACAGGUCAACCUAGGAGACAAUGAGCUAACCAUUGACCUCUUCAGAGGAAGCCUUACUCGCAGCAUACAGGAGAAGUUUGAAAGGAAUCCACCGAAGGAGCUAUGGGAGUGGUUCCGGGAAGUCGAAGAGAUCGACCGACAAAGGAUGCUGUUGCAGCAGGCCUCAGCUAGACACGUGCAAGCAAACAACGCGUCAUCUCCAGGAACUCGGCCAAUCCAGAGUUCAAUUCCCGUUCGGCGAUCAGCUGCGCAACCUUAUUCAACUCGAUCACCGGUUCCACCUUAUCUUCCGUCUCAACCUUAUCGAUCGCCACAACCUUAUCCGACGCGACACUCCACCCAACCCCUUCCCCACUCAAACAACCGUCCUCCUCCCCAUCAACCCACUCCAGCUCCAAAAGGAACCCCGGCACCAUCAGGAGGCAGCAACAACACCUGCCAUUUGUGCAAUGGUAUCGGACACUGGGCCAGGAACUGCCCUAGCAGGAGGGUAGACUCUCUGGGAUCACGACCUAUGGGACCAAAGGUCAUGGUCGUCACCAAGGACCCCCUCGACGAGGCCUCCGACUCUGGAGAUGGCCGCUCAGGCAAUACCGAGCCAGAGCAGGAGGACAUGGACCUCCGGCCUUAUCAGCAGCAUAUGGACUCGGACUUCGAUCACGAGGAGGAGCAAGACGAUGAUGAUGACGAGGGAAACGUCAGUGGGGUGAUGCACUGA